UAUUACACCGUAAGGUUAACUUUUUUGUUCGAGCUUCUUUUUUUGAGUGACACUUCACUUCAGCCUCGUCAGUCAGUCAGUGUCAAUGGUCCACCAUACAGGAUUCACCAAACAAACAUGAGAUGCGAUUAUUCUCAACGUGAAGCAAUGGUUGUACGAAAUUUAUAUUCGAGUUUCAUAUUGAGAUAUCGUCAAGCAUGUCAUAUUUUUCUAUCAAAAUCAUCAAAAUCAUCCAAAUUAUGUUCGAUUUUUGGGCUGUUCGGAUUUGGCACCUAGAACAUCGUUCGGACCCCAAUACGAGAGCUCCCCUCAUCUCUCAUUGAUUAUGACGAUAUUAUACAUGAAUAUCUAGGGUACAUCGUCAAGUUACAUCUUAUCCAAGACCGUACAAGGAAAUGAAACCAUCGUGAGGCCCUGGCAACACCAACAAUAUUUAUAUCACGUAUCAGGGUCUUCAUGAUUUUCACCAUGACAUCUCUUCCUUCAACCUACAAAGCUCUACGCUUCAGUACCCUUGCGGGCCCUCUGACCAUUGAGGGAACAAGAUAUCUCUUCACUCCAAACUCCGAAAACUCUCCUAAUAAGAAUCCAUUUCGCGUCUAUAAAUCCUGUCGAUACACAAUUAUGGCGUGCUGGCAUAAUAUCCGUAGUCUCUGGCUCCAAAGGCAUGGGACGUGAUUUCUCCGGCACCAUUGUAGCCAUUGGAGAUCAGGUGAAAGGGAAUUGGUCUAUUGGAGAUGAAGUCUUUGGAUUGUUGUUUCAAGUUUUCGGCCAAGGAACUUUCAGUCAAUACAUUGCUGUCAAUCCAGCUUCAGAUCCGGUGGUCAAAAAACCUAUUUCUCUAUCUCAUGAAGCUGCUGCAUCAAUACCUCUUGUUGCAUUAACCAUGUUUGCGGCUUUGGACUGGCUUCCCGCAGCUAGGGGUAAUUCGCAGAGAAAAGUAAUUGUACGAGGAGCAUCCGGAGGAUGUGGUUCACGGGCUGUUCAACUGGCUAAAACCCUCUACGACUGUCACGUCACAGCCAUCUGCUCCUCGAAGAAUAUCGAGUAUGUUAAAAUUCUAGGAGCAGAUGAAAUAAUAGACUAUACCUCCCAGCCAGUUUUGCAAACGUUACUCGAGAGUAAGACUACUUCAACAGAAUACGAUCUACUAAUAGAUUGUGUGGGAGGAACAGACCUCAUUCCCUCCUAUAAAACUCUCCUCCACCCUCACGGCGCCUACACAACCAUCGUCGGCGACAAAACAGACGUGAAAGGUCUCGGCGGACCCGUCACAUUCAUCAAAAACCCCAUUCAAAUCUGGCGUUACAUAUCCGGUUUCAUAUGGGGCCCUCGUUAUGCCGUGAUAUCCUUUCAUACCAAAUCCGAAUAUCUGAAAAAGAUAGUUGGGUUGGCUGAGAGAGGAAAUGUGAAGAUUGAGAUUCAGGAGGUGAUUAAGGAUGCGUUGAAUGAAGAGACGGAGGGCUGGAAGAGAGCUAUUGAGAUUAUUGAGAGUGCGAGGGUUAGAGGAAAGGUUGUGUUGGAGAUUUUGUGAUGUGGAGGAAUGAUUGUGAAUUAUGUAUUGUUGAUAUACCAAUUGACUCUAAUAAUAUAGCUUUCGGUCCGGGAAUUAGACUCAACCUGUAGUCUCUCUAUCCCUAUUGAGACGAAUGGCAUUUAUAACUUUGUUAAUCGCCCACACUUAGAAUGUAGAUAUUUAGUAUCGUAACCGAACACAUUCUGUUUCUUGAUGUAGUUAAGACAUCAAAAUUCUAUAAGAAAAAUCCAAACAUAUGAGUAUACUUUCAGGUUGGAAACUCAGCCACAGUCUUCUAUCUCUUCUUUCACUUCAAUUAGCCCAUCUCUUUCUUUUUGUCUUUGCGCAAUCCAAGACCCCAGUUCUCCCCAUAUCUUCUCCUUUUCCGCAGGUGACAAUGAUGCUGCUAGACCAGACGUACUGGAUGCCACAAAAAGUUUGGCUCCUCUCCAAGAAUUUUCACCCUUUAUAAUUCCCAAAUUCUCUUCUUCCGAUUGCCACCCAUAUCUAAACUCAUCCUUUGCCAUAGCCUUCCCCUUUUUUACUCUCCACACACUUUCCCAAAUACUCUUCCCAACUAAUGCCACAGCCUCCGGUCUAUAAACUCUGAUCUUCUCGUCUAACAAACUCACUCCCUCAUCCAUCUCUUUUUUCGACAACUCCCCUCCAUUUCUUGUAGGUCUUUCCACAAUAUUUGUAUUUCCUAAAGAAUAUAACCCUGGUAACUUUACAUCAUCCUCCGCCUUCAAAAGUCGAGUAGUACAACCUGAUGAAUGGAGUAUUUUCCAAAAACGAUUAGAAGGAUGUGCAUAGGCGUGGCCAACUUGAGCGGUUAGCAAACCUGGAUUGAGACCUACGAAAAGACAUAGGAGAUUGGGUGCUAUGACAUCGGGGAGAAAAGAGAGAUGCGCGUAGUGGGAUGGAGGCUUGUAGCCUCCGCCAGCGCGGGAACGACGUUGUUUGGCCGGAGAUGAUUUGCCUACUGGUGUAGCGGAAAGUGUCUCGAGCUUGCGUUUUAGGGGAGAAGGUGUUGUGUUUGCAUGUUUACGAGCUUCGACGGGGCACAAUGUAGGUGGCAGCCUCUUUCGAGCACUUGUCGGUAUAGGCGAAUCUAUAGGGGAAGGCGUACAAUUGCCCCGCAGCUCCAUUUUGAUGAGUCGAUCGUGCUGCUCACUCAUUCUUUCUGGGGAGAUUCGUCCAGCAGCAUUAUAUGACGAUUCAACUCUGUGAUUCCCGUCUCCAUGCGUUGCUUGCUCGGGCGAUUUGCAAUUCGAAGCCUCCAACCGGUUCCUUUCGAAUUCUGAUUCAUAAUCUGCUGUGACAUUGGGAGCGUCGGUAUGGAACUCCUGCUUCAAAGGAGAAAGGGAUGAUUGUGAGGUUGAUGUUUUUGACAAAGGAUUCCGGGAAUUUAUUUGGGUAAUCUGUCGACGAGGGCGUGAAGGUGGAUUUGGAGAGUAUGUAAAAGAGGAGAGAUCCAAUUUGCCUCGAAAGCUUGGUGCUGUAAUGUUAGUUGUAGCAUCUGCUUCCAUCUCUUCCUUCUUGAAAUAUCUGGAGUUCACUUGUUUACCCAUUUUGUUGGGUAACAGAUAUGAUGUUGGGCUGAUGAGUAUCCAAAUAGAAGUGCAAGAUAAAUCUGCCGGGUCAGUAGGGGAUAGCAAUGACGUCUGUCAAUACGACGAAUUUCCAGAAUAGUUAUUAUUAUAAUUGCGAUACAAAUACUCGUAGAAGUGACACGAAGGGACUCGUCUUGCGUAUUUGCUUAGCUAUUUAACAUCCUCAACAUACGAACAAUGUAUAGAGAGAAAAUCCAAAUGCGUCGUGUCAAAUAGCGAAGAAAGGAAAGAAACGAUACCCAAUUAAUAUAAAUAGAAU